GAAAGAGGACGCUGGGGCUCCGUGGCGGAGCAGACCCCCGAACAGCUGCUGCUGCUACUCCGACAGUCCUCGACCAGGAGCGACCCCGCCUGUGGAUCCCAGGGCUGGAGGAUUACAGCGAAACAUAAAAAAUAAAGGUUUCCUAAAAGGUCGCAGCAGCAGUAACAGUGACAUGGGCAGCAAAAGUAAUUACACACCCUGCAGAGCUAACACGGGAGCCUUGCCUGGACCACCGAGCAGAAAAUGACUCAGAGAAAUGGGAUCAGAGGGAGGCGUGAUCACUUCCUCCACUCGGAGGCCAGCGGGGUUCGCGAGGAAGCCAACGGUAUGGAGCGAGAGAAAGUUCAAGAGGCCCUCGACUGUGAAUCCGAGGAGGGGGGGCAGGGGGGAGAACGCAGAGACUCCGUGGCUGUAAAGGGGGCAGUCACGGCUCCAGAUGGUGGUUGGGGCUGGGUGGUGCUGGUUGCCACCAUCAUGGUCCUGGCUUUGACCCUGGCCUUCCCCUCCUGUGUGGGAAUCUUUUACACUGACUUGCAGAAUGAGUUCCACGCCUCCAACAGUGAAACCUCCUGGGUGCCGUCCAUCAUGACGUCAGUGCUUCAUGCAGGAGGUCCCUUUUGUAGCGUGUUGGUGGAGAGACUUGGCUGCCGAGCCACAGUCAUGUUGGGCGGAGUCCUGAGUGGGCUGGGAAUGGCUGCCAGCUCGUUUACCCAGUCCAUCAGCCAGCUUUACAUCACAGCCGGGGUUAUUACAGGACUCGGUUUUUGCUUCAGCUUCCAACCAGCUGUGACAAUCCUGGGACACUACUUUGUGCGCCGUCGUGCGUUCGCCAACGCCAUGUCCUCCACAGGCACAGCGCUGGGUCUGUGCACUCUGCCUUUCCUGGGUAACUACCUCCACACAGAGCUGGGCUGGAGAGGAAGCUUCCUCGUUCUGGGGGCCGUCCUGCUGAACUGCUGCGUUUGCGGAGCGGUGAUGAGGCCCCUGCAGCCACCGAGGCAUCGAGGCCAGCCCCUGAUGAACCACGGACCCCCUCCUCCAGAGGAGGAAAAGGGGAGGCUGAGGACAAUAAGCAGCUGCCUGCUGGCUUCCCUGAGCAAACACAUGGCCUUUGACCAGUUCUGCAACAACUCGCGUUACUGUGCGUUUGCCAUCGGCAUCACCUGGAUGAUGCUUGGGUUUGUGGUGCCCUUGGUGUAUCUGGUUCCCUAUGCCACCGCAAACAACAUGGAGCAGGGCCGGGCCGCGCUGCUGCUUUCCAUCCUGGGCAUCGUCAACAUUAUCGUGCGGCCUCCGUUCGGCAUCGUGGUCAACAUGCCCUGGUUCAAAGGGCGACACAUUUACGUGUUUGCCUCAGCUUUGCUGGUCAAUGGACUCAGUAACAGCAUCUGCUGCAUCGGGCCCAGCUUCCCUGUGCUGCUGACGUACGUGAUGGUCUACGGGCUCUCCAUGAGCGUGGUGGGCUCCCUGAUGUUCACCGUCCUCAUGGAUACAGUGGAGAUGAGCCGCUUUCCCUCGGCCCUAGGCCUGCUCGCCAUCAUGGAGAGCAUCACGCUGCUCAUCGGGCCUCCACUGGCAGGAAUCCUGGUCGACAGCACAGGCCAGUACUUCCACGUCUUCUUCGCCUGCAGUGCCGUCGUUGCCUCGUCCGCCGUGUUCCUCAUGGUGUCGUUUUACUGGCUGGAUAAGGAGGAGAGGAAGGCGUCCAAACAGGGUCAGCCGGCCACGGCGCCCGACCCGGCGAGACCUGCUGCUGACGUAGCUCCCGGCUGCCAGUACAGCAGCGUGUCCACAGAGGGAGACAAAGACAAGGCCUCGGCCAACGGGGACGAGUGUAUCACCAGCCCCUGAAACCUGCUUACACUGUGCGUCACCUUUAGCACACAUCACUCGCUGCGUCAGACAGGUUCGCAAAUAAUUCCUAAUGUUUGCAACAGCUUGCUUAGCGUGCCAGAUGUUGCAAAGUUUGCUUUUGUGUGGCUGAGAGGCAGCACACUUGAGCGGGUCUGAAUUGUCACAGUGCGAUGAACUCCUGCCAUCUGGCAUGCCAUAAAAGUCAAAACAAAUACUAUGAAUAAUUUCCACUGUCUUGACCAAGGCUGGACGCAUGAUCCUACAUACCAAAAUGAAAAGAUGUGCACUUACAACUUACAAUGUGAUUGUACUGUUUAUUGUAAAAUGCUGCUGAUACACAAUCUUAUCUCAUAUAUGAGGUAUCUCACUUUAUCAAGCCAAGUUACACACUCUACAUGAGCCUUUGCUAAAGAAAUCAUACAAAAAUUAUUUCCAGAUGUUUGCUGGAGCGUUUGAUAAGUUCUUCUCAGACACACAGGAUGGGCCUGCAGGUUGAAGGCCGAGCCGAGUGGUUGUCAUCAAAUAACAAGCGAAUUGAGCAGUGAAAUCAAAAGGGGAAAUCGAGGGGAUGAGAAAAAAGAGGAAUUAAUUAUCAAGGAAAAGGCUGGAGUUAUUAUUUUAUAUUUUUCUUAUUGUCAAAAAAUCCCCAAAACAAUGCAUUGUUUUCUGCCCUAUACAGUGCACAUGUUGCACUAUACAGCAGGUCCCAGAUCCCAGCAGUACCACUGUGCUGGAUUACCACAUUGCCGCAGGCUUGUAAGUGUAUUAAAUUAAUUUGUGGUCAUUUGAUUAAAAAAUGUAUUUAGCAGUCUUCACCUUGUAAGGGUGAUAUGAACUGAUAUACUAAAAGUCUUAAUAUUACUUAGGUUUAGGUCAUAAUAAUGACCACCUUAAAACCCUCAUCAUUUCUGUUGACACUGUGUGUGCUCCAAAACACGAUUGCUUAUGCCAGUCAAGCAGGGUUUCCACUCCAUUUCAGUUCAGCGGACAGAUAGUAAACACAUAAUCUCACGUGGUUGAAUCCAAAUAGAAAAAGGUUCCGGUAAUUUCUAUAAACAGUUGGGCACUGUGGUUUUUAAGAAAUGUUACUCAAACAGGAGUAUAUAGUGCAUUUGUUGGGGACUAUUUUCAGUAGCGGAUUAAUCCACGUUUGGGGCUCUCGUGAGUAUUUGGGGCAGUAGGACAGUGUGUGUGGGAUUGAAUCAAAAUAAACUACAGUGUGUGUGUUUAUGGUGAUAAAGUGCAACAGUGUGGUUCACUGAUGUGUUUUUAAUAGCUUUUGGAAACAGUGGCGCUCUGUGGUUCAGAGGAAGAAGAUAUAUCAGCAUUUAGAGACGAUACUUUUUAAUAGGACGCAUUCAUUGUUGGUUUUGGUCUUUUCAUGGCAUUUGUUGACAAUAAGAAAUAUAUAGAAUAUCACCAGCCUUAUGAUGUAAUUGUCAAUAGCUAAAGAACUAUUAUAGUAGACCUUUAACAGGAUACAGAAAAUGAUAGUGGGCUUGUUUUUAAGGGUCUUUUUUUACAUCUUACAUCUUUAAAGUAGGAAAAUUAAUUUUCCAUGUCAUGGCUAUAGUGAAGGAAUUAUACACAGCAUACUGAGCUUAUUGCACCCGUGUUAAUGAAUUUGGGUUGCUUUAGAUCAUUGAAGGUGCAUAGAAAAAAAUGUUUGAAUCUGUUGGUCGUUCACUGUCGCAUGUAGAAAAAGAAUAUGUACUAUAAUAGCAGUGAAUUAAUCAUGUUUUUUUCUCAUUCGCAUGCUCUUCAUUCCUUAAUGGAACAGUGCCUUUUUGGUGUAUUUCCAAAAGAUAAUCUACAACCACGGGAGAAUAUCAAACCCCUUCAGGAACACAUAGGAGAGAAGCAGAGGAUUUCAUGUUGCAUGUCAGCGAUUUGAAACAUUUCAUGAGAGGAAUAUUUCGAAGGCACUGAGGAGUCAGCAGCUGACAUGUACAAACUUGACACGUUUUAUGACACUGUUACUGAGUUUACCUUCAGUUCCAAUCACAGAUUUAAUGUGACAGACUUAUCUUUUGAUAAAUCAAACAGCAAGACUAUCACACCACCUGUAAAGGUUUUGAAGAAAGCUAUUUUACGUCAAAUGUGAUUGAUAAUGAAAUAUACAUUUCAGGUAUAAGAUGUAUUGCAGUAAACAAGAGUGUAACCAGAGGUUUCUCUACAGUGAGAGGAUUUAUCAGUCAUUUUUAGAGCUUGCCUCGCUUAGGGCCAAAUUAUACCUUUAUUAUAAAUUCUUUAUUUAUAUAUUAUGAUCGGGGGGGGAAUAAAUGUUUGAAUACCAAAA